AUGAGUAAUACUCAAAAACAAAAAAACACUUUAUUUUCUUAUUUUAGUACAAAUAAAAAAAUUUGUUUGGAAAAUGAUGAGGCUGCAUCUGAAGAAGAAGAACAUGAGUUAUUGCAAUCCACAUCAAAACCUAUUACAAAUAUAAAUGAUAUUGGUAAUAUCGUUGAUAAAUCGUUUUUAAAAGAUGCCGAUACAAAACUUGUAAGUUUCUUUGUUCCUUACUAA